UGAAUUUCACACAGGAACCACGGAUUUGUACCAUAGAUCCAAACAGAGGAGCAUCGCGCCCAAAGUGCUUAACCAUGAGUUGGGCGGUGGAGGAGUGGAAGGAUGGCCUUCCAGGGAAAGCCCUGCAAAGGAUUCAGGAAAUGGAGGUCCAGCUGGACAAGCUGAAGAAGGAGCGCAGCCAGAAACAGUUUCAGAUGGAGUCCUUAGAGGCUGCUCUACAAAAACAGAAGCAGAAAGUGGACAGUGAACGUAAUGAAAUAUCUGUGAUGAAAAGAGAAAACCAGUCUUUAGUUGAAUCAUGUGACUCUCUGGAGAAAGCUCGCCAAAAAGCUAUCCAUGACCUCGGAGUCAAAGAGCAACAGGUUAACUACCUUGAAGGUCAGCUUAAAGCAUGCAAGAAGACCAUUGAGCGACUGGAACAGGAACUAAAAAAGUACAAAAAUGAACUUGAUCGUUCACAGCCUGCAGGUGCUUCUUCAGUGGCCUCUUCAUCUGAUAUUCCAGCUUUCGCUACUCCUCAAAAAGGUUUUGCCACGCCAGCUCCCGUCCAGACAUACAGGCACCAAGAUAACCGACUUGAAGACCUUCAGGAAAAAUACAACCAGGAAGUAGAAGAAAGAAAGAGACUAGAGAAUGAAUUGAAAAUUUUACAGGUUAAAUUGUUGAACCAGUCAUCUGUCUCUGUGAGCCACAAGGAUAUUGCUGCUCGCCAGCAAGCAGGAUCCUCAAUAUUUCCGUGGCAGCAACAGGAGCAAAGCCACAACCGCUACACUCAAGAUGCAAUGGAAACACCCCUGAAAAGGAGAGGUGCUUCUCUAUGGGAGCUCCAUGAUGAGACACCCAUUAAACCCAGCCAGCGCCUGAGCUGUGCUGUCUCAAUGCAGAGUCCCAGUGGUUCUUUUCAACAGAUGGACCAACUCAAGACUCAAAAUCAAGAAUUUCGUUCUCGUGUGUCUGAGUUGGAGAGAAACUUGACCAACCAAGAAAAAGAAAUAAAGAGCCAAACCUCCAAAUUACAGGACCUGCAAAUCCAGCUGACUCAAGCUCGCAAAGAUCUGAGUGAACGUGACAGAGACUUAGUGAAGAAGAACCAUGAACUCACCCAGGCUACAGACAAGCACCAACAGCUUCAGGUCAAGUGUACAUCAGUUGAGCAAAAGCUAAAACAGGUGACAGAGGAAAUGAACUGUCAAAGGCACAAUGCUGAGAGCUGCAAAAGAGCCCUGGAGCAAAAAUUCAAAGAUUUGGAAAGAGAUAGCCAGAAGGAGCUGUCCCAGUUACAGAAUACUCACCAGGCUUUGGAAAGGCAGAUGAAUCAAACUCAGACGAAGCUCACUCAAGAAAUCCAACAAUCUAAGAAGGAUUAUAAUAUACUCCAGUCUGACAUGGAAAAGUUGAAUUUUCAAAAAAGUCAGUUGGAGAAGGACGUUGAGGAGCAUAAACAGAAAUUACUGAGGUCUGAGCAGAGUAUUCAGGUCUGUCAGACGAAAGAAAAAGAUCUCCACAAGAAAGUCGAGGAGCUUCAAAGAGAGAAGAACCAUGUAUCUGUGCAGUUGGACCAGAGUACUAAACGUCUGAGUCAAAUGGAGGAUGAGAAAAAGAGCUCAGACCAAAGCUUAAAGCACUCCCAGGGUCUACUCGAUGACCUCAGAGCUAAAUCUGAGGGGCAAACCGAUGAACUUAAAAGGCUUCAGUCUAAAUUAGAUCAACAAACUCGGGAUCUAGAUAAUAUGAAAAGGACACUCUCUGAAGCAGAGACUACCAACUACAAGUCUCAGGGUGAUCUCUUGAAGCAGAAACAAGAGUGUGAGCAGCUCACCAACAAAUUAAAUGUAUUGGAAAAGGAGUGCCAAGAGCUGAAAUCCAGUCUUGCUUCUUGUCAAAGUGAGUGUGCUGAACUUAAACUAGCACACGGAGCUCUUCUGGAGUGGAAGACUGAAAAGGAAAGUCUUAUCAGUGACACCGAGGCUGUCCAAAAUGCACUUAAGGAACAACUGAGCAGCUCUGAGAACAGUGUCAACAUGUUGAUUGAAGCGAAUGAGGAAUUAAAAAAACAGCUGUCUGCAGCAGAGGAUAAGCACAGCAGUUUGUUAGUUCAUAUAGACUCAUUAAAAGGGGAACUCCUAAACAAAUGCACUGAACUAGAGGAGAAAGAACACCAAUACAAAGAGCUCCAGUCCAAACUCUCAGAAACUGAACUGAAACACUCAAAAGACCUGCAAAAUGUCGGUGUGCAGGUGAUGCAGCUUGAGACUCAAGUCAAAGAUCUUCAGAUGCGUUUGCAGAAGGAGGUGGCCCAUGCAGAGCAGGCAGAGACGAGGAUCACCCAGCUCCAGGAAGAGCAGCAGGCAGCAUAUGACCUGAUCAGCUCCAAGGACCAGCUGGUGGAGCUCGGCCGCGUGGAGAUGAACCAACUGAGAGAGAGUCUUAUAAUGGCUACAGCUCAGCAGGAGGAACAGGCCACUAGAAUGGCUGAAGAAAAAGCAUCACUUUUGAAGCACUGUGAGGAAAGUGUGUUGUCAAAGGAAGCAGAAAGUGAAGAGCUGAAACUACGUCUGCAGGAAGCCCAACAAGACCUACACCUGGCUCAAAAUAAAAUCACUUCUUUGGAUCAGUUCAUGAAGGUUCAGGAGCAGUUAGGAGAGGAUCUGCAGAAGCAAAUCAAAACAUUGACUGAAGCGGCUGAACAACAUAAAAACAUGCUAAAGGAGAAAACGGAUGAAGUUGAGCAAAUAAAACAAGAGUUGAAGGAUUUGAAAUGUCAGACCGAAGAGAAGGAUAAGCACCACAAACAGAUUGCAGAUCAGAUGAUGUCUUUAGAGAAACAAAAAAUUGAACUGGAAAACUCAAUUCAAGAGAUUAAGCAAGAAAAGGAGAUCUUCAGUAAUGCAACAACUGAGAAGAUAAAUAGCCUCCAUCAAGAGAUUUCGUCACUACAAGAAAAAGUUGCUGAAGGAAGACAUGCUGCAGAUAGGCUUCCUGUUUUAGAGGAUGACCUGAAUAGGGUCAACCAGGCUCACACCAAAUUAAAACAGUGUCUAGAAGUCCUUGAGAGAGAUCACUCAUCUGUUAUUGAAAUCAAAUCUAACCUGGAGAGUACCCUUUUGGAGAAAAAUGCUCUAGUCACUUCUUUGGAGCUCAAUAUCAAAGAUAUGGCGGAGAAGAUAAAAACACAAUCUGAGAAUCAUGCUUUAGAGAUUGAACAUUUCCAUAAUGAAGAAAGAGGACUUAAAGAUCAGCUUGAAGAACUUAAACAAAAAGAAGUGACGACUAAAAUGGAGUUAAGGUCUCGUCGAGAAGAAAUCAAGACCAUGAAAGCAACUAUAUCUGCUGCUUCCAGUGGCCUACAAGAGAGGGACAACACGAUAACAGCCCUGAAUGAGAAACUGAAGAAGGUAGAAGCAGAACAAAGUAAAUCUGCUGAACUUCUGAAGGAGAAAAUGGAUUCCAUGAACAAAAUAAAGGUCCAACUGGAGAUGCUUCAAAUGGACUUGGAGGAUAAUGAGAUUGUGAUGAACACAUUUUACAAUCAGACUGAGGAACUGAGAGGAACCAUAGAGUCACUGGAGACUCAGCUCGCUUACAGCAACUCUCAGGUGUCUGAGAUGGAGGCUAGAGUGGAGGAUACCAAAGCACAGGUGUCAGUCUUGGAGAGCCGGUUAGAAGAAGUUCAGGCUCACAACAGUUCACUGGAGGCUCAGUAUGUCACAGCCAGAGAGGAACUGAUGGAUCGUAGCUGUGAGAUAACCAGACUGGAGGAAGAAGCUGCCCAGUGUAAACAGCUGGAGGAGGAGGUGGAUGAACUGCAGAAAGAACUUCACCAGAUCAGAGCUGAAAAGGAAACGUUGGAGACUAAACUGAGCCAAACAAUUGAACAUCAAGACAUUUUAGUCAUUGAGAAAAAUAACCUUGAGAAUGACCUAACUCAAGUUAAUGUAGAAAAUAAAGAUCUAAAAGAAUCCAUAAACCAAUUAACAGAAGAGAGCAGACAACUGCAGGACAAAGAAGAACUGUUAGGCCAACUUGAGAUUAAAAUAAGUGAACUGACUUAUGAAAAAAAUGGUUUGAAAACAGAGUUUGAUGAGGUCCUCUAUGAAAAUUCUAAGCUGAAUGGAGAAAAAGAGGUUUUAUCUUAUAAAAUAACUUCUCUUGGAGACGAAUGCCAGAAUAUGAAGAUGUCACUCAUAUCAUCACAGCAAGAGGUAGAAAAGCUCAAAGAGCAACUAGAAAGAAGCUGUGAUAUAACGCGUCUUGAGGAAGAAGCAGACCGUCGAAAACACUUGGAGGAGUCUGUGAGUGGACUGCAGAAGGAGCUUGACCAGAACAGAAUAGAAAAUGAGAAGUUACUGACUCAUCUGAGACAGAUGACAGAGCACCUUAACCUUCUGACUGACGAGAACAGAGACCUGCAGAAUAAGGUGGAACAGUUAAGCAAAGUCCAGGCUGAAGUAAAUAACAUGAGUUUGGAGAUGGGGAUGUGUAAAGAUGUUCAAGAAAAAGAUUUGCUUAUCAAUAAUCUACAGCAAGAAGUGGAACAACUCCAAGAGGAAUUGGACAGAAGGGCCAAAAAGAAUGAAGAGGAUCUCAAAGAAAAAGAUAAAGAUUUUGAGGUGGAACAGGCCAGGUUACACCAGAAGCUCACCGAUUUACACACAGAGUUAGCAGACUGUAAAGAGAAGUACAGCAUGCUGAAAGAACAAGUCAACCAACAACAUGAUUUUAUAGUGCAGCUCUCUGAACCAAAGAGCAAUACAACUCCAGCUGAAGUGUGCAGCCCCACACAGUGUUUGGAAAUAGCUGUUGAUGGGGAAGAGACAAGUUUGGAGGCCAUGGGCAAAUGUUUAGAAGCUGUCCCCAAAACGCAUCUCAGGGAUUUUACACCACAAGAGUGUAUGCAAAAUGUUUGUGCCAAUUAUGAAGAAAUGGUCAUUCGAGAACAGCCUCCAAAAGAUGAUGAUGCUCUACCUAAAAUCACAGAUGACUCUCAUCUCACAAAAGACAUGAAAUCCAUUGCAACAUCUAGUACAAUUCAGUUCAGUGGAGAAGUGGGGGCACAAGAUGACACACUGGAGACCCUCCACUGUGAGAUUGAUUUAUUGAAUGCUGACCUUGAGCUGAGAAAAGAGAUGAGUGCUGAAAUGGAGACCUAUGUUAAAAAACUGGAACAGAAAACGUCUGCCUUUGAGACAAAAGCACAGGAGGCCAUAAAUCAACUAAACAUCGCCUUGAAAGAAAACAGAGGCCUUGUCAACCAGGUGGGAAAGCUGACGGAGGAUAAUGAAUCUUUGACACUGCAGCUUCAAACUGCUAAAUGCCAGCUGACUGAUAUCGUAGAGAUGCUUGAAGGACAUGAGAUGGCCAAAGGUGGGUGGGAUGAGAAGUUCCUUCAGCAGGAGAGUGAAUUAAAAAGGGUACGCUCAGAAAAGGCAAACCUGGAGCAGCACAUUCUUGGGAUGGAGGGAGAGCUGGAGACACUGCAGGAGGAGGGCACCAAACUGAAGCAAGACCUCGAAAUCCAAAGACGAGCCUGUUCUGUGAUGGAGAACAACAUGGAGAGACUCAUGACAGAGACGACCCAGCUGAGGUCAGAACUGGUCUCCUGCACAGAAGAGCGAGAUGAUUUGAGCCACUCGCUGUCUCAGUGUAAAAAGCAGGUGCACAGCCUGGAAAAGACCAACUCUGACACCAGAGAACUAAUUUUAAUCCUGGAGGAUGACAUCAGAGCAAGGAAAAAGGAGUAUGAUGCACUGCAAAGUAACACAGAGAAAAUAAAAACUGACAGAGAAGAGUUGUUGAAACGGGUCAAAACUUUAGAGCAGACUCUAGAUCAGCAGAGUGGAGAGAAAGAGGAUCUGAUUGGCCAAUUGGAGAAAAUACAUGAGGACCACACUUCUGAUGUCAACAACACAGAGUUGUUAACCACCAAAAUACAGUGUCUCGAGGGCGAAGUGACUCGUCUGACACAUUCCCUGGAGUCUUCUCUUUUGGAAAAAGGAGAGAUCGCUUCUCGUCUGAACGCAACUCAAGACGAAGUGCAGCAGAUGAGGACUGGUAUUGAAAAGCUCCAGGUCCGCAUUGAGGCAGAUGAGCACAAGAAAAAGAAGAUAGGGGAACUGCUUAAAGCUGCACAAAGGAAAGCUGAUGCACUUCAAGAUCGCAUUGACGCCCUUGAGCGAGAGAAGGAGGAUGUGGAGCAGAGUCUUGAAGAUGCAGUGGUUCAGGCAGAAAGUGUCAAAGCUGAACUGGAAGAGGAAAUAAGAAAGGUUGAGGAAGAGAAAAAGGAGCUGAAUGAAAAACUCAAAGAGCUCUCUACUGAACUGGACCACCUCAAAUUUGAAAAGGAAAGCAUGGAACAAGAACUAACACUGAAAAGACAAGAAAUCAAAGGACUGAAGGUGGCUAAAGAAGAACUGGAGCGAGGUUUGGAGCGAGUUCAAAAUGACAAACAACAAGAAGUGCUGCUGUUGGAGAGGGGAAUGAAGGAAGCCACAGACAGACAGACUCGAGAAGUAGGGGAUCUCCAAACACAGCUUGAAGACUUGCAGAAGAAGACACUUUCCCUUGAACAAAAAUGUGCAGAAUUGGAGGGAGAGAAGAUGCAAAUGCAGUUUGUUCUACUGGAACAUGAAAAUGAGAAGAAACUGUUAAGCAGUUCUUUAAAUGAGUGGCAAAAAGAAGGAGAAAGACUUAAAACUGAGGAGGAGCAGUGGGACUUGGAGAAGCAGAACCUGAUCAGUCGCAUUAAGGUUUUGGAAAAAGAAACGGAGGAACUUAAAACUCUCAUUGCAGCUAAAGAGAAGGAAUGGGAAGCUUUGGAAGUGAUGCGCCACCAAGAAGAAGACCACAGGCAAACAUUAAAACAGUCUGUAACAGCUCUCACAAAUGAAAAAGAAAAAAUUGAAGAACAAAACAGACAGGUACAAGAGGAAAAUGUUCAACUAGAAUCAGUCCUUAUUUCAGUCAAACAGGAGAGGGAUGAGUUGCAGUCCACUCUGGCAUUGGCAAAAGAAGAAAAUGAAAACCUUCAUUCAAACUUGGUGUUGGUGGAAAAGAACAAAAAUGAUAUGGAGCAAUCAUUAUCUUUGUGCGAGCAAGAUAAAGUGAAAAUCAAUCAGGAAAAGCAGGAACUAGAGGUGGAGAUGCAGAAAUGCCAGUCUUUGUAUGGUUUGUUAAAAGAAGAAAAAGAUGCACUGAAUAUUGCCAUUUCUUCACUUGAGGAAGAGAAGAAGAAAGUUGAGGAGGCAAAAGAAAAACUAGAGUGUGAGAAGGAGCUUCUCCAAUCUGCUGUGUCCUCAAUGGAAAAGGAGCUGGAAACAAACAAAUUAUCCAUCUCAGAACUAAAUGACCAGGUGUCUGAGUUGACUUCCCGUGCUGCUCGACUCUCUAAAGAAAAAGACUCUGCUCUGAGCAAGAUCAGUCUACUGAUGAAAACCUGCAAACAACUGGAGGAGGAAAAACAAGUCAUGUUGAAUCAUGCAGAAUGUGUAAAUGGCAGUGAAGAGGUGAGCCAACUCAAGAUGGCAGCAGAGGAGAGCGAGAAACACGUGCACAGUCUGAAAGCUUCCCUUGAAAUGAAGACCAGUGAGGAUCAACAAAGCAACAGAAAACUGCAACAGGUAAACGGUGCUCUAGAACUCCUAAAGAAGGAACUGGAUACAAAGAACAAAGAGUUAGAAGAAGCCAAGACUGACCUGAAUGAACUGAACAAACUUGUGGAGGAGAAAAGUCAAGAGGCUGACGAGAGCAUGGACAAGUACUGCACGCUGAUGAUUCAAGUGCACAAAUUAGAAGAGACAAACAACGCCUUGACUGCACGCCUGGAGCAGAUCACCAACAAACAAACCCUUAAUGUUAACGAGGGCCCCCGCCGCUCCAACCGGAAGUCCACCUCCAAACUUCACACCAUUGAAAACUCUGAGAACAUCCCAUCCACACCUCUGCGCUCUCCUCUGGGAGCAACAAAGAGGGGCCACUGUGAUGUCACUGACAGAGAUCCUGUUCAAGAAGCUUUGCACAACCUGACAAAGAAAAUCAAAGCUACAGCUGCCACCACUCCCAGACCCAAGGCUGAACAGGACGAGGACUUCAGACCUGAAGGACUCCCAGAGCUGGUGCAGAAAGGGUUUGCAGAUAUUCCUUUAGGCGAGGCCAGCCCAUUUAUUGUCAGAAGAACCACAGUGCGGCGCUGUAGCCCUCGGCUCAUGUCAAAACAGAGCUCUACAUCUUCAGAGACGGACAAGGUGCUGGAGCCUCUUCACCCGCGGAGCCCCUCUGCUGAUGUAGCCUCAACCAGGAAACGUCUCUCGCAAAGUGCAAAGGAUCCAAAUACAAUUCAGAAGACUGAGCAGACACACGCACAGGGAGAAAACUGUCACGUUCAGUAGAUUUCACACACGUGCACACACACACACACAUUCAGUUCUCACCAGUCACAACUGGGGUUCGUAUUUACACUAGGGUUUGCACUUUUUUAAUGUAAGAUGUCUAACAUGUGCACUGUUCAGUCAGAUUGGUGCCGCCUAACUUCUCCAAAACACAACUAUACAUUCAGGAACUAAUUUUGAUCCGUUUUAGUCCUUUUACAUUUUUCUUUAUGUGCUUGUUAGAUAUUUGUAUUUUGCUUAUUGUUUUUGAUUUGAUUCCUUUUGGACUUUGUGCAUAGUGUGCUGUAGCUGUAUGCUUCAUGUAUGUAUCAUUUAUUAUUUCAUUAUUUGCUUGUGGCAGCUGUAAGUGUAGCCUGUACUAACUAAUGCAUUUUAUUUUAUAACUGUUUUUAAACUCCCAGUCAGUUUCAUAAAUGUAAAUAGCUGAUGAAAAGUUUACUAAAGAUUUUAUCUUGCUCAAA